CGUGGUUAGGUUGUCGUGGGCUUGUAACAGUUGUCUUGAUAUCGGUGGAAGUCUGUAGAUUAGGUGUUUGACCGUCGGAAAAAUGGUGAAGGUCAAGACAAAAAAGCCCCGAGAGGGCAUCAACAAAGCGAAUCAUAGCAUGAAUCCAGACCGGGUCAAAGGGCAGGGUGGCAGCAACAUGAGGGAUAAAUCCACCAUUCGGCGAUUGCAGAUGUAUAGGAAUUUCAAACCAAAAAGGGACAGACGAGGAAAAAUUGUCCAGCCAGCUCCGUUCCAGUCUCGGCUGCCCUCAGGAAGUGUAGCUCGUGUGGAGCCAAAACAGACGCUGGUUGGAAACACACGAGUGGUUACCCAGAAUGCACUGCAGACCUUCCAAGAAGAAUUGGGCAAGGUGAUGAGGGACCCAUAUAAGGUGGUGAUGAGACAGACACAACUCCCUGUCACAUUGCUCAAUGAGACGGCCAAGCAUGCUAGAGUCCAUCUCCUGGACACGGAGAGUUUUGAGUCCACUUUCGGUAAAAAGUCUAUCAGGAAAAGACCAAACAUGAAGGUGGCUGACAUGGAGACCCUUCUAGCAGGGGUAGAAGCCUCGAACUCUAAGUAUGAUGUGAGCAAAGACAGCGACCUGGUGACAGAGGUGCAGGAUAUGAAAGAUGAGCCACUAGAAGUCGUGUUUAAGGCUGGCCAAUCAAAACGCGUCUGGAAUGAGCUUUACAAGGUGAUUGACUCAUCCGAUGUGGUGGUGCAGGUAUUAGAUGCCCGUGAUCCUCUGGGCACCAGGUGUUAUCAGGUGGAGGAAUACCUAAGGAAGGAGAAGCCGCAUAAACACUUGAUCUUUGUCCUCAACAAGGUGGAUUUGAUCCCAGUCUGGGUCACGAAAAAAUGGGUAGCUAUAUUGUCACAGGAUCAUCCAACGAUGGCCUUCCAUGCCAGCCUGACCAACCCAUUUGGGAAAGGAGCUCUUAUCAACCUAUUACGACAGUUUGGAAAGUUACAUCAGGAUCACAAACAGAUCAGUGUGGGGUUUAUUGGCUACCCCAACACAGGCAAAAGCUCCAUAAUCAAUGCUCUGCGUUCCAAGAAAGUCUGCAACGUGGCACCUAUAGCCGGGGAAACAAAGGUGUGGCAGUAUGUGACGUUGAUGAAGCGGAUAUACCUGGUGGACUGCCCCGGCGUGGUCUACCCGACGGCUUCAACGCCCACAGAUUGUGUUCUCAAAGGGGUGGUGCGUGUGGAGUAUGUUAAGGCACCUGAGGAUUAUGUGGCCCCCAUGUUAGACCGCAUCAAACCAGAGUAUGUGAAGAGGACAUACAAAAUAGAGGACUGGAAGAACCAUGAGGAUUUCCUGGAACAAGUAGCGAGGAAAUCUGGAAAACUGCUUAAGGGUGGAGAGCCUGAUAUAUCCACAGUGGCCAAAAUGGUGCUGAAUGACUUUGUGAGAGGAAAAAUUCCAUACUUCACCAAACCCCCGGGCUCGGAGGGUGAGGGUGUUGAUGAGAAACCUUGUGACAAGCAAGAGGAGAAGAUCCCAUCUGAACCUGUGAGUGAGAAACCUAAAGUAAAGCAGAACCUGAGGAAGAUUCAGGUAGAUGCUGAGUAUGUGGGAGAGGAUGUGAAGGAUGAGGACUUGUCUGAUGGGGAGAGUGACUCUGAGUUAGAGAGGGAGGCAGAGGUAGAGGAGGAGGAAGGGGAGGCCACUGCUGCAGGGAGAAUGCCAGAAACUGCUGCAGAGACUGUCAGCCCUCCAGACCGCGAACAGCAGCCCUCAAACUCCAAGGGCAGACAACCAGUGGGAAAUGACCAAAGGGCACAAACUGGACAUAGUGAUAUAAAUAAAAGCAGUGUUAAAGGGAAAAAGUCAAGAAAAAUGGUAAAACAGACUGAAUCUAGUGUAAAUAGCAAACAAAGGAAGAAAUCUGGAAAGAGGAACUCGCACACUCCUCCAGACAUGGAAGAAACCUCAAAGAGAAGAAAUGUGCAUGUAGAUAAAAAUACAGGUAUCAGUAUGAACAUUACUUCUGGAAGCUCACUGGUCAGUUGUGACAAUGCGGUCAGCCAAAGUGCAGCUGUGAGAUCCGUGGAAUAUCGGUCCAGUACGAGUGGCAACUUCAGAAUCCUGGAUCAGACCACUACGAGUACCACGGACGAAGCAGCGCCCAUGAAGGAGAUAAACUAUGAUAGUAAAUUUUUUGGAUGCAAAGUGAAACAGACAGGACAGGUAGCUGUGGUGGAAGUGGUGCCAGUAGAUAAGAGUAAAUCUGAUCAAAGGAAACGAUCAACUGGCAGAAGGGCAGAUGAAAAAGAUAACUCGCUUCCCAGUAUAUCCAGUCGUGAGAAACGAAAACUGGCUCGACAAGAACGAUCCAAGAAGAUUGGUGUGCACUUUUAUAAGAAUACAGAUGUGAAAAAUCGAUCGUUCCGUCGCUAAUGAAUUACAAUUUUAUAAUUUCCAAUGGCUUCAGCUCCCCCAUCCCUCCCCCCCUCCCAACCACCAAAAAAAAAAAAAAAGUGAAAAGAAAUGUAAUAAACAAAGCAAUUGUUGUGUGUGUGAUUU